AUGCGCAUCCUCGGCAUCACCGGCACGCUCGGCGCGGGCAAGGGAGCGGUCGUCGACUACCUCGUGCGAGAGUGCGGCUUCCGUCACCUCUCCAUUCGUGCUCUGCUCGCCUCCAUCAUCGCCGAGCGAGGCCUGCCUCUCGACCGGCCGUCGAUGGUGCGCGUGGCGAAUCAGCUGCGAAAAGAACACUCGUCCUCGCACCUUGUCGAUCGGCUGCUCGAGCAGGCGCGCGCGGCGGACGGGCCCUGCGUCAUCGAGUCGAUCCGCACCACCGCCGAGGUGGGCGCGCUGCGCGAGGCGGGCGCUUCGCUGCUCGCCGUCGACGCGCCUCAGGCGCUACGGUAUUCUCGCAUCGAGGCGCGCGGCAGCGAGACCGAUCGCGUCUCCUUCGAGCAGUUUGCGGCCGCAGAGGCGCUCGAGUGGGACUCGGCGGGCGACCCGGCGAGGCAGAGCUUGGGCGAGUGCAUCCGGGAGGCGGACAUCACCCUCGUCAACGAUGGCACUUUGGAGGCGCUGCGUGCAAAGCUGCGCGAGGCGCUCGCGGAGCUGCUGCUCGGCGACCCGCGCACGAUGGCCGACAUUCGCCGCCGCUUUACGCCGCGGCCGAGUGACGUCCACAUCGUGACGUAUCCAAAGGCGGGCACGUCGUGGGUGCAGGAGGUGGCGUGGCUUGUCAACCACGAUGGCGACAUCGAGUGUGCGGGCCGCGUGCCGAGCUCUCAGCGCACAGUCUACAUCGAGCUCAGCACUCCGGCGGUGGACAAACUGGCCGUGCUUGCGGCGUCGGCCGGGCCUCGGCACAUCAAGUGGCACCACUCCGCGCCGCUGCUGCCGCCGCGGGUGGUGGAGGAGGGCCGAGUCAUCUACCUGUAUCGCAACCCGCGCGACACUGCAGUCAGCUGGUACCACUUUCAGCGGAUGAACACGCUGUACGGCUUCACGGGCACGUUUGCGCAGUUUCUGGACCUCUUCUUGCGGGGCGACGUGGCGUACGGCGACUACAUGCAGAGCGUCCUCUCGUGGUGGGCGCUGCGAGGCCGCGCGAACGUGCUUGUCCUCUCGUACGAAGAGCUGAGCCGCAACCUGCCCGCGGCCGUUCGGAGGAUCGCCUCCUUCCUGGGCAAGGCGCCGACCGACGGCCAGGUCGCCGCGAUAGCGGCUCACUGCAGCUUUGAGCGGAUGGCGGCCAACCCGAUGACGAAUGCGUCCUCGAUGCCCAAGGUUGCCGGCGAGGGCGAGUUUAUGCGCCGGGGGCAGGUGGGCGACUGGCGCCGCUACUUCACGCCAGAGCAGGUGCGCCGCAUGGACGAGUGGAUCGCCCAGCGCGCCGGGAGCGAGGCGGCGCCGCCGUUUGAGUACGAGGCCUGA